UGAUAAAUAACAAAAUAACCUAUGAAAGCAAAUAGAAACAUAUAAGUUCUGCCUUCUGUUUAAAAUUUUCUCAUACAAUUUGUCUUACUUAUACGAAUUAUUAAAAUACAAUAUUCGACAUGAGCUUCAUUAGAUCUAUGUUAUUCAGAUGCAAUAAAAUCUCUAGGUGCAUCUUGCAUGUAGAAACAACAAGUGUUAAUUUUUCCAGAUAUCUAAAAUUAGAUUGCAUCUCCAGAAUAUCAAAGGAUGAUAAUUACGAUAAGAGCUUGCACUCUAAGUAUGAAAUUUUCAAAGAUGAUUCAGAAGUCGUUUCGGAUAUAUACGAUGAAAACAAAAAUACAUAUUACGGAUAUGAUCUUCCGGAAAAUGACGAGGAAGACAGUGAUCGUUAUCAAGGAUUGAAUUUGGAACGUGGUUCAACUGGAGUUUUCGAGAUAGAGGACUUAGUUGAUGUUUUACGCAGAGAAAAUGCAUUAGAUAUAUUUGUUGCAAAGAUACCUGAAGGAAUUAAUUAUGCAGACUUCAUUUGUGUAGUCUCUGUGAAAUCAUCAAGGCAUAUGCAUGCUGUCUCGCAGUUUGUUCGAAGAGUAUAUAAAAUGAAAAAAAACAAAAAUGAUAUAGUUCCAAAACUGGAAGGAGCAAGUUCAAAAGAUUGGCAAGCAUUAGAUCUGGGCAAUAUAGCACUACAUAUUUUUUCUAAGGAAGCUCGGGAACGAUAUGAUUUGGAUUCAUUAUGGUCUGUUGGUCCUAAGAUGGAUGUAGAAUAUAAUAAAAUUGAUCCUCUAGUAGAAAUGUUAGAAAAAAAUACAUAUUAUCUUGAUGAUUUGAAGCCAGCAAGCUGAAUAAUACAUUUUAUUUGUUAA